AUGGCGGACCCGUUCAAGGCUCGAACGUUGAAACGGAAGAACGUCAAAGGCCUCGCCCUCAAUGCGGCCCCCAAGGCCAACGAUGCCUCGAAACCCUCAGACGGCGAUGCUCAAAUCCCGGGUGCCAUUGGAAAUGCCGACCGCACAGAUACUCUCGAGAUUGGAUUGGAAUUCCGGCUAGACCUUCGAAGUGAGGAUCUGGUGACGCUGAAGGAACUGGGCGCCGGAAAUGGAGGAACUGUCUCCAAGGUAAUGCAUGCCUCGACCAAGGUCGUCAUGGCUCGAAAGAUCAUCCGAGUCGAUGCCAAAGAAAACGUGCGCAAACAGAUUCUACGAGAACUGCGGGUCGGCCAUGACUGUAAUUGCCCAAAUAUUGUGACGUUCUACGGCGCCUUCCAGAACGAGGCCCGAGACAUUGUUCUCUGCAUGGAAUACAUGGAUUGCGGAUCUCUUGACCGGAUCUCAAAGGAUUUCGGACCCGUACGAGUUGAUGUAUUAGGCAAGAUCACCGAAUCGGUGCUCGCAGGUCUAGUCUAUCUGUAUGAAGUUCAUCGGAUCAUGCACCGUGAUAUCAAGCCCUCCAACAUUCUAGUCAACUCACGGGGUAAUAUCAAGCUGUGUGAUUUCGGUGUCGCUACAGAGACCGUGAACUCAAUUGCCGAUACCUUUGUGGGUACCUCGACAUACAUGGCUCCGGAACGAAUUCAAGGAGGUGCCUACACGGUCCGUUCGGAUGUGUGGAGUGUUGGUUUGACCAUCAUGGAGCUGGCUGUCGGAAGGUUUCCAUUUGAUACAUCGGACUCGGCUGCCGGAGAUCGAGCCAGUGUUGGUCCGAUGGGAAUUCUUGAUCUCCUCCAGCAGAUCGUUCAUGAGUCUGCUCCUAAGCUGCCCAAGAGUGAUGCUUUCCCGCCCAUCCUCCACGAUUUCGUCGGAAAAUGUCUGUUGAAGAAGUCCGAAGAACGGCCAACUCCGCGAGAGCUCUAUGACAAAGACGCAUUUUUGCAAGCUGCUAAGCGCACGCCCGUGGAUCUUCAGGAAUGGGCCAUCAGCAUGAUGGAACGCCAUAAUCGCAAGUCAUAUCUGGCACCGCCGGCUCCCAAAUCCCUGAAAGAGACCGCCACGCCCACUUCGGGAGGUUCUUCGAGUCCUUCACCAGCGAACAGUUCGAAACCCUCUAUGAGCAGCAAAUCCUCGCGGACCCCGCAAUCGCAGCCUUCUCCGUACCAGCAAACCCCAACCUCCGGCGAUAUUACCGUGAACAUCGCCAGUGACUUGCCCACGCCGAACCGCAAGUACCCUCAGAAUCAACAGUACCCGUCGUCCCACUCUCCCCAUUCCUCCCACUCCUCCCACUCCAUGCGAUCUCCGGCCCCGGCCCCGCCCUCCCUAGAGCAUCUCUCCUUAGAGACCAAGGACGACGAGGAGUCCCGCUACGGCCGUCGCCCCACGCGGAACUACCUCAAUGACCCCAGUUCCACCCUGGACGCUCCAUCCCGCCCUUUUAUGAGCCCCCGGUCUGUCAGUUCGCACAACACCAAGUCUCGCACCAACCUGACCCCAAAUGCCCUUCCAAUUCGCAUGGCGCCUCCACCAACGCAGGCCCCACCGCCUCCACCUGUAUCCGCCGGCGGCAGCUGGCGUGGCUAUCCCGGUCAAAUGCCGACUUCUUGA